GAAAACGAACACUUUACGAAAAAGACGUCGCGAACGCGGUGAUCCCAGUUUAUUUUCGCACAAAGAAACUGUUGGACGCUAGCAAAAGAUAGCAAAAAUGUACUAAGUUCCCUCCCGUUAAUCGAAUAAUAGUUUAAAAGUGAAGUGAAGUGAAAAUCAGCUUCGGAAGUACGGAAAAAGUUGUUUUAAAGGCACCAAGUCGGAUCGAUUUCUUGUAUAUCUCCAGAUACAUCAUUAAACGAAACCAGCGAAAUGAGCUCUUUUUUCGAUCUAUUCGAUCCAUCGGCCUCGACAUCCGGUGAAUUGGGCGAUCCGCCGAACAAUGGAAACCGAAUGGUGGAAGACGACGACGAUGAUGACUUCCUAAUGACCUGUGACGAUUUGUUCAACAAGAACAAGACCAAACCGCCCGGUGUGCAGAUACCCUCCCGGUCCCAGCAGCGCCAGCAACAGUUCAAUCUGAUUCAACAGUAUUCUCCGACGGAGCUGGACUUUGAUUUGGACAUUCUUCCCCCCGAACCACAACUGGGCAACAUCGAGUACAAACUAAAGUUAAUCAAUCCUUCCAAGCAGCGCUUCGAACAUCUGGUCACCCAAAUGAAGUGGCGCCUGAGAGAGGGCAACGGCGAAGCGAUAUAUGAAAUUGGUGUCGCAGAUUCGGGACAAUUGCACGGCCUGACCGCCACUGAUAUGGCUACCUCGCUGUAUACGCUCAACCAGAUGGCUCGUAAAUUGGACGCCUCCACGUCCGUGUUGAGGCGAAAAAUUUUGCAGGCCGGUCGAUCGGUGGUCGAGGUGCUGGUGCGCAAGAUCCCCGAUGAUCAGCACAACAUCGAAGUUCGAGUAGCCGUGUUGGGAAGUGCCGAUGCCGGCAAAUCAACACUAUUGGGUGUGCUGACUCAAGGAGAAUAUGACAACGGAAGAGGUCGAGCGCGUCUGAACAUGUUCCGGCAUAUGCACGAAAUUCAAACGGGUCGGACAUCGUGUAUUUCCCACGAAACGCUCGGAUUUGAUCAACAGGGUAAUGUCAUCAACUACAAAUAUAAUGAGAUGAUGACGGCCGAAGAAAUCAGCGACAAAUCGACCAAACUAGUCACUUUCAUGGACCUGGCAGGUCACCGACGCUAUCUUAAAACGACUGUGCAAGCCCUGUCAGGCUACUCUCCACACCAUGCACUGAUCGUGGUGGCAGCUAGUAGCACCAUCAGCAACAUGACCAAGGAACACUUGGCCAUCGUCCAUGCACUCGAUAUGUCGUUCUCGAUUGUGGUAACCAAAAUGGACCUGGUACCGCCAGACGAAAUUUUGUUGGAACUGAAGGAACUGCUGACUGCUGUAGGUUAUCGCAAGGUGCCAUAUCUAAUAAGCAACGAGGAUGACGUGUUGAAUGCCAACGCGCACCAAACUCACGAACAGAUUGUUCCCAUAUUUUGUGUCUCCAACGUGACUGGCGACGGGCUGGACCUGUUGACCAAAUAUCUAUAUGUACUAUCGCCAGAAAUCAGCAAUUCCGAAAAGGAACGACUCGAACAAGAGCCGAUCGAAUUUCAGAUUGAUGAAAUUUUUAAGGUCUCAGAAGUCGGCAACGUGGUCGGAGGACUUCUCUGUCAGGGAGUAAUCACAGAGCAUAUGCCUAUUCGAAUUGGACCCUUGGAGGACGGCUCUUUUACUCCUGUCACGAUACACACGAUACACCGAAAUCGAGCACCUUGCCGGGUAGUUCGAGCGGGUCAAAGUGCUUCUCUGUCUUUCUACACCACAGACAAUCUACCUGUGCUCCGACGAGGAAUGGUGAUUUUGCCGGACUAUGACGAGGAGAACCACGCUUAUGGAACAUGGUUCUUUCAGGCUCAGAUAUCGGUCCUGUUUCAUGCGACCCGUAUCUUCAAAGGGUUCCAAACGACGGUUCACAUUGGAAGCAUCCGACAAACUGCCAUCAUCGAGGGCAUCAUGGGAAUCGGUUCCGAAGGCAUAUCAACCAAUCAAACGGCAACAGUACUGUUCCGCUUUGUGCGGCAUCCCGAGUACUUGCGACCAGGUAUGAGAGUUCUGUUCCGCGAAGGUACCAGCAAGGGCAUUGGUAAGGUAACGCAAGUAUUUCCUCUCAAGGAAUAAACCGACUAAAUCAUGUCCAACUUGUCAAACAGAAAAUACCGUUUGUAUACGUUCUCGAAACGUAGAAAACGGUGCAUAUUUUUCUUUGUUACAAAAGAACACAAACAGUUUUAUCAUUUACAAAGUCAAAAUUAUUACUUAUCAGCGUUCAUCGCUGCUAACAAAUUCAUACUUGAGUGUAUAUGUAAAUAGCCAAGGGUAAAAUAUUUAAAAAAAACUGUGAUUUCGUAACAUUUAGAUGGUACCUACUGAACUAUUCUUUUAUAAACAUGAUUAUUACAUUUUGUGUUCAGAGACUUGACAUUAGAUAGAUUUUGUUUAGUUUCUUUGCAAUUCGGUACUUUCAGUACCUACUCCAAAACUGAGACGAUGGUAAAAUUGAUGAAUUUGAAAUUCUGACAAACAUCUUGAUGUGUGUUAAAAAGUAUCCUUAAUUAAUAUCAAAUAAAACUUCUUAUAAACGCAAA